UCUCUAAUGGAUUCACAGCUCAUGACUUCCCCAACCUGUUUGCAAUCCAAAAGGCAGAGACAUAAUUCAAUCACAAAACCAUCAUGGCUUCAUCAAAAGACCACAAGAGAUGGCAUCAAAUUUCACAUCAUUAAGUAUCAUUCUUGUUACUUUCGUGAUAAUCAGCAGCAGAAACCAAAGAAGAAGAAGUCAGUGCUUGUUAAAUCUUCUGCAGAAAAGGCAAAGAAUAAUGAUCUUGUACCAUUGAAAGAAGAUCAUGUUGAAGUAGUUGCUGAGAAGAAAGGAAGUAUUGCUGGUGCAGUUGCUUUGAUAAUCGGCACCAGUAUCGGCUCAGGGAUUCUUGCACUUCCUCAGAAAGCUUUACCAGCUGGAUUGGUUCCGAGUUCCGUAACUUUGAUAGUAUGUUGGGCUUUUCUUCUCAUUGAAGCCCUUUUGCUUGUUGAGAUCAAUGUGAACUUGAGGAGAAGAAAACGGAAGAAAGAAGAAGAGAUGUCUGAUUUGGAGGUUAUUUCCAUAAGAACAAUGGCUCAAGAGACUCUUGGGGACUUCGGUGGUACUUUGGCCACUUUGACUUAUGUUUUCUUGGGCUACACUUCAAUGGUUGCUUACAGUUCAAAGUCAGGGGAAAUCCUCUUUCAUUUGAUCAAUCUUCCAGCUCCUGUAUCAGGCUUCAUUUUCACUUCCAUUCUCACCAUGCUCAUUUACCUGGGUGGGACACGGGCAAACGAUCAAGUUAACCAACUGCUCGCUCUUUCCAUGACAGGUUUACUAGUAGUGAUAGAGGUGUUAGCAGUUGUUUCUGGAGGGUGGUCAGGACUUGACGGAAGUGGAGAUUGGGGAAAAGUCCCUGCUACACUACCUGUGAUAAUCUUUUCUUUGGUGUACCAUGAUAUAGCACCAUUUCUUUGUGCUUAUCUGGGCAGUGAUCUCACAAGACUAAGGAUCUCACUUUUCCUUGGUAGUCUUGUUCCAUUGAUAGCACUACUUGUUUGGGAUGCCAUUGCCCUUGGCCUCUCUGCCAGCGGCGACCAAAUCGUUGACCCCGUCGACUUGCUUGUGAGUGAGAGAUGGAGUGGUGUUUCAUACAUGGUUGAAGCUUUCUCACUCCUCGCAAUUGGAACGUCACUGAUCGGAACUCUUCUGGGAUUCUCCGAGUUUUUCAAGGAGCAACUGUCUAAAAUCUAUCUGGAUUCUGCUUCAACACCAAUGCUUCAAAGAAAGGACAUGCUUUUUGAACUCAGAGAAUGGUGGGGAAAGCAUAAGAUCAGUUUCACAGCGAUGUUGGUGGCGGUUGUUCCAUCUCUUUUCUUGUCAACUGCUUUUCCUGACGCUUUCUCCGCAGCCACAGAUAUUGCUGGAGGGUACUGUAUGACAAUGUUGUAUGGAAUUCUGCCACCAGCAAUGGCAUGGGCAAUGCACAGCAAAGAGAAAGAGGACUCCGAGUGGAAGAUAUUAUCGAAAGCAAGGCCUGUGCUUGUUGGGGCUGGACUAUUUGCUUGUGCAAUAGUUGCUGAGCAAAUCCUAUUGGAUAUUCUUUUACUACAAUCCUAGCUUGGACAUAAUAACAAGAUUUCUUAUUCACAUGAAUGCUCAACUUUCUAUUCUGGAGCUACUCUUGCGAAUUCAGAGAAUUUUUGCCGGCACUUCCGCAUAACCUUCAAGGAAUCUCCUCUCUAUAUUGAAGAAGCUCUCAGCUUAACCAGACCCCAGAAGAAGUCUUCUUCCUUUUUGUUUUUAUUGAGGUGUAGGACUCACAAUUAAGGCAACGUUUAUUGUUGGGAAGGCUUUUUUACCCUAUUGGUAAGUAGUCAUAAUUAAAGCACCCUUGAUUGUUGAAUAAGAAUAAUUUAGUAAGAAGGCAAAUAGUGAGCCAUUGAAGACAUGCUUUUUUGGCUUUGCUUAAUAUUGUUUCUGGUGAUGAGUUCA